CACAAUCAACACGGUAUACAGGUCAACAACAUGGUGGCGGCCAGAGGACUCUAAUUAAAUACAGAACUGAUUUUAAAGGACUUUCUUAUUUGAUUAAAUAUCCAUUUUUAUGAAAAACCUUCUAGCAUAUCAAUUGCAUCUAAUAUUGUGUCACAAUUGCAUAACGCCUUAACUAACACUACCAGUCAAGUACUGUAUGUUUCCACGCCUUCUAUUUGUCAGAUAUUAACAUCGAGUUGUUAAUUUAUUUAACGUUAAAGGUUGAGGUGUUACAGGCUGCCGUGAGGGCGAUGUCGGGGACAAAUGUGUGGAACCGCAGCCGGGAGAGAAUGCGGCGCUUCCCGGAGUUGUUAGCUCAGUGCGCCGAGGAGGCUGCUGUUUACGGGAAAUGUGUGUCCGUCACGACUACAGGCAAGCAGGAACUGACCAGGAAUCACUGUGCCAAGGAAUUUCACGCCCUGAAGAACUGCUUCAUGUCUGCGGCCAAGAAGAGUGCAAAGUAGAUUUUCUUUACUUCAUUGGAAGAUAACAAUGCUAACGCAGUUAAAGCCGGCAGACUCUGAGUCGGGAUCCUCACACAAUGCCAGAUGUGAUGCUACAGGAGAACAGCUGCAUAGUGUUGGACAGUGUGUUUUGUGCAACGACUCUGCACUGAGGAAUACAGAAAGCUAUGGUCCAAGACUUUACCCCCUGCACAAGCCUUAGUCACCAUCCGGAGUGCUACUCUAUUACAGAUUUUAUAGGUUUGAAUGAAUUAGUAUUUAUUUUCAGACCAAAUUUCAUUUAACAGUACAUGACUGAAACAAAGACCCUGGACUGGAAGAGAAAGGUUAAUUAACCCUGGUCUAAGCUAUGGUCAAAAAUGUUUUUCAGAUAAAUCAACUAAAAAUCCUGGCUCAAUUAAUAAAUGUUAACAUAAUGAA